GGCAGGCGCGGAGCGGCCCCGCGGAACCCCCGCGGCCAGCGCCCGGUGCGAGCCCGAGCCCGUGGCACCGCAGCCCAGCAGGACCCAGGAGCCAGCCCCAUCUCCUGCCUGGAGCAUCCCUUCAGCCCCGAGCAAACAGUGACAUGAGGAAGGUCUGAGCCCUCUCCCACCGUUCCUGGGGCACCAUGGACACCGAAGCUGUGCAGCCGCAGGAGGCUUUGCUGACAGUCAACGAGCAGGUCAUUGUCAUGUCCAGCCACGAAACCAUCCGCGUGCUGGAGGUCGGCGUGGACGCCCCGCUCCCGGCCGAGGAGGACCCGAAAGCCUUGGAGGUGCCUCCAGGGGAGGUAGCGCGGGGCUCCCCGGGGGAGAGCAGCCCCCCGGGCACUGAGGACGUCCCAGGCAGCACCCAGAGCUCCUGCGGCGGGGAGGCAGCCGGCAAAGCCAAGCCGGCGGCCGGAGCAUCCCCAAGCACCGUCCCCUCCGCUGGCACAUUGAGCCACGGCACGAGCCAGCAGCCGCAGCCGCUGGCCCCGCUGGCCCCACAGGUCUUGACUCAGGAAAACUUAGCAACAGUUGUGACAGGAGUAAUGGUUCCAGCAGGGACAGUUACUCAACCUCUUCUUAUCCCCAUCAGUAUUGCAGGUCAAGUGGCAGGUCAGCAGGGGCUGGCUGUGUGGACAUUUCCUACAGCAACGGUCGCUGCCCUCCCCGGAUUGACGGCUGCUUCUCCUACAGGGGGAAUUUUCAAAGCACCCAUAGCCAAUCUGCAAGCCGCCGCCGUGCUGAACACGUCCAUGGCAGCCCCGGUGCCGCCGGCCCAGCCGCUGCAGGCUGCGGGCCAGCCCCGCGCCCCGCUCCAGCCCCCCGCUGUCUUCGCCCCCAGCCCCGGCCAGCCCCCCAUCCUGCCACAGCCCAGCGCUGCGCCCACACCGCCCGUCACCCAGACCCACAUCGCCGUGCAGCCGGCCGGAUUCGCCUUUAACCCUGGCAUACUCAGCGCCGCGCCUCUCGGGGCGCAGACCCAGCUCCUCGGCUCCUUGGCGGCCACCCCCGUCAUCGCCAACACCAUCUCCAGCGUGCAGGGCAUCACGGGCCAGAUCCUCACCAACGCCCAGGGCCAGGUCAUCGGGACGCUGCCGUGGGUGGUGAAUCCCCCCGGGAUGGCGGCGGCCGCCGCCGCGGCCCCGGCCCCGAGCCUGCACGUGCAGACGGUGACGCCGCAGCUGCUGCUCAAUGCCCAGGGCCAGGUCAUCGCCACGCUGGCCGGCAGCGCCCUGCAGGCGCCCGGCGCCAAGAAAACCGGCACCCCCGAGCCCCCGGCCCGCACCGAGGUCCAGCCCAUCCAGCCGGCCCCGGCUCUCGCCCAGCCGGCUGUGGUGAUCCCAAACCCUGCCCCGGCGGCCAAGGCUUCCUCCGUGCCCGUCCCCAUCACCUGCUCCGAGACCCCCACCGUCAGCCAGCUGGUGUCCAAGCCCCCGGCUCCCAACAGCAGCGCGGAGGAGGACGGGAUCAACCUGGAGGAGAUCCGGGAAUUCGCCAAGAACUUCAAGAUCCGGCGCUUGUCCCUCGGGCUGACGCAGACGCAGGUGGGACAGGCCCUGACGGCCACCGAGGGUCCUGCCUACAGCCAGUCGGCCAUCUGCAGGUUCGAGAAGCUCGACAUCACCCCCAAGAGCGCGCAGAAGCUGAAGCCGGUGCUGGAGAAGUGGCUGAGCGAGGCCGAGCUCCGCAACCAGGAGGGGCAGCAGAACCUGAUGGAGUUCGUCGGGGGGGAGCCCUCCAAGAAGCGGAAGCGCCGCACGUCCUUCACGCCCCAGGCCAUCGAGGCGCUCAACGCCUACUUCGAGAAGAACGCGCUGCCCACGGGCCAGGAGAUCACCGAGAUCGCCAAAGAGCUCAACUACGACCGCGAGGUCGUGCGGGUCUGGUUCUGCAACCGGCGGCAGACGCUCAAGAACACGAGCAAACUGAACGUCUUCCAGAUCCCCUGAGCCGGGCAUCGCCUGGAACCCUAUCGCCCCCCCCGUCCCCCCCCCGAGCUCCUGCCAUCAAAGCACUUUCUGCCCCCAG